AGGGGCGUGGCCGCCCGCUGUCUCCGUUACUCCCGGGAGCGGCGGGAGGGGCGUGGCCAUCAACGGGAGGGGGCGUGUUUACCGGCAAAAGGGGCGUGGCCAGCGGGAGCCCCCGGUGUGGCGGCGCCGGGGCCGCCUCAGUGAGGGCGGGCCGGGCUCGGGCUCCGCUCCGGCUCCGCUCCGGCUCCGGCUCCUCCUCCCGGCGCUGCGCGGGGGGCGGCGGGGAAGCGUGAGGGCUCCCCUCAGGCUGCGCGUCCCCCUCAGGCCGCGGCGGGAGCCCGGGCCGCGCCAGGCCGUGCCGUGGCCCCGUGAGGGGGAAGAUGGCCUCUCGCAGGAUCACCCGCCACACGUUCGAGGCCGUGGUGCAGGACAAAGUGAAGCGGUUCCGCAUGGAGCGCGGCGAUGCCGCGGGGGACUCCAUCCAUCGCUUCAAAGCUCACGCCAGGCCUCCACCACGACCCCGCUACAACGAGAACUUCCCCGAUGCCACGAGGGCUUUCCCCGCUCACGCCAACUCUCAGCACGAGGACUGGAGCGAGGAGGAUUACCCGGGUGGGGAUUACCCGGGCGGGGAUUACCCGGGCGGGGAUUACCCGGGUGGGGAUUACCCGGGCGGGGAAGAUUACGAUUACCCCGGCCCGUCGUACGGGCCCGCCAGCCACAAGGACAGCUAUUUCCACGGACACGCGGCGGCGCGCCGGGAGCGGGAGCUGGGCCGGGAUGGCUACGGGCGCCCCGCUGGCCAAGGCAGGGAGUUUGGGCCCGGCAGGGAGUACGGGCAGCAGCACGGCGGGGCUGGCAGCCGGGAGUACGGGCAGCAGGACCGCGGGUACGGGCACGACUACGGGCACGACUAUGAGUACGGCCCCGCGGAUCCCUGGGAGGCAGCCGGGCCCGAUUUUGGCGGCUCCUCGGGUGUUUUGGGGGAUUUCAGGUCUCCGGGGUUGAUGGAGGAGGAGUAUGGAGGAGAGGAAGGGCAGCAGUACCAGGCGGGGUUCCGGCUGAUGCCACCGCGCAGGGGAGGCGCGGGCAGGGGGAGAGCGCCCAGGGGCAAACGCCUGCCCAGAGGGGCGGCCAAACCCAAGGGCUUCAAGGCAGACCUGCAGAGCUCGCCCCUCAAGAAGUGGAACGUGAAGAACCCGCAGCCAGGCGUGGAUCCCAAAGGUGUGGACGAGGCGCCGGACGCGGCCGGGCAGAGGCAGCAGCACCCCCUGGCAGCGCAGAGAGCCGCCCUGAGGCUGCCCAAACCCGCCCACGCCUUCAGGAGCCUCAGCUUCGACCUGGUGGACAAGUCGGACAUCUUCUCCACCUUCGGCGUGGAGAUCAUCAAGUGGGCCGGGUUCCACGCCAUCAAGAACGACGCCGAGUUCUCGCGCCUCUUCGGGGCCCUCUUCGAGCUGGAGACAGAGACCUGUGCCAAGAUGUUGGCGUCCUUCAAGUGCUCGCUGCGGCCCGAGCACAGGGACUACUGCUUCUUCACCAUCAGGAGCCUGCAGCACGCCGCCCUCAAGACGCCCAAGGUGGACAACGAGUUCCUCAACAUGCUGCUGGACAAGGGGGCGGUGAAAACCAAGAACUGCUUCUUCGAGGUGAUCAAACCCUUCGACAAGUACAUCAUGAGGCUGCAGGACCGGCUGCUGAAGGGCGUCACGCCGCUGCUGAUGGCCUGCAACGCCUACGAGCUGAGCCUCAAGACCAACGGGGGCUUCAGCGACCCCCGCCAGAUGGCCGGCGCCUUCGAGACCACCGUGUCCCUGUGCAGGAAAUCCCUGGCCCUGCUGGGCCAGACCUUCGCCCUGGCCUCGGUGUUCAGGCAGGAGAAGAUCCUGGAGGCCGUGGGGCUGCAGGAGGUGGCGCCGGCGCCCACGGCGUUCCCCAACUUCGACGACUCCACGCUGUUCGGGAGGGAGUACAUCGAGCACCUAAAGGCGUGGCUGGACAGGAGCGGCUGCCCCAUCCAGGUGAAGAGGGCAGAGCCCACGGGGCAGCCCCAGGCAGCGUCCCCUGACAGCAAAGCCCCCCAGCGAGCUGAUAGGAAAGUGGUGGACACCAUCGAGCAGCUGGUGAGCAGCGUGGUGGCAGGAACUGUGUCUGCCAAGGACAGGAACGCCCACAAGAACUGCCCCGAAUAUUGGUUCCUGUCGGACGAGGACAGCCUGGAGUACAAAUACUACAGGCUGAGGCUGUCCGAGGUGCAGAGGAGCAGCGUGGCCGAGGAAGGAGCAGCCCCAGAGUCCCUCAGGGCCAUGCUGUAUGCCAGGAGAGUGGCCAGCAUCAAGAGGAAGCUUUUCAAGAGGAAAAAUAAAAACACUUUUGUGCAAAAAACUGCAUUUUUAGCCCUCCGUGGCAGCAGGGUGGGCAGGAAGGUGAGGAGAGCAAGCACGGGCACGCAGACCCUGCUGUCGGCCGGCACCGUGCUGAAACACCAGGACAAAAAUCUGCCAGGUCCCGGGCAGGGAAAAGCUCCCCAGGCAGAGCUGUGCCACCACAGCCCUGUCCUGGAUGUCACCUGUGCCCCACAAAGUGCCACCAGCUCCGGGGUGGCCGUGGCAGCAGAGGGGACAGAGGACCCCGAGGGUUCGGCGGCAGCGCCGCCUUUGGGCGCGCGGUUUCCUGAUGUGGAUGCCAAAACCAUGGAAACUGCAGAGAAACUCGCCAAGUUUGUGGCUCAGGUAGGGCCAGAAAUUGAACAAUUCAGCAUUGACAACAGUGCAGACAACCCCGACCUCUGGUUCCUCCAGGACCAAACCAGCUCCGCUUUCAAAUUCUACCGCAUGAAAGUCCUGGAGCUGUGCCCCUCCAUCACCUUCACCCCUCAGGCUGCAGAGUCCCCCAAACCCCCAGGGACCACCCUGGACUCCGAGGAGGACGAGGAGGAAGAGGAAGAAGAAGAAGAAGACGAAGAAGAAGAAGAAGAAGCUGAGUUUGAACCCUCCCAACCCCUUGGGGACGAGGAGGAGGAUGAGGAGGAUGAGGAGGACGUGGCAGCAGGUAGAAGGGUGACAAACCUAGAGGAAGAUUUGCUUCCCAGAGCAGCAGAGGAGGUGUCAGGAGGUGAAAUCCGGCUCUGCAGCCCCUCUGAUGGUGCUGUCCCAAAUCUGUCGACACAGGCACCCGCCCCGGCCCCCGGCUUCCCCCGCAAAAGGGUCAGCAGCAAGUCCCUCAAAGUGGGCAUGAUCCCGGCCUCCAAAAGGAUCUGCCUCAUUGAGGAGCCCAAAGUGCACGAACCUGUCAGGAUUGCUUAUGACAGACCCCGGGGCUGCCCUGUCACCAAGAAGAAAAAGAAAGCCAAAGAUUUGGAGUUUUCCCAGAAGAGGCUGAGCCCCAGGAACGUGGGGUUCCAGAUGCUGCAGAGGAUGGGCUGGCAGGAGGGGCACGGCCUGGGCACGCGGGGCAGGGGCAUCCGCGAGCCCGUGCACCUGGGUGCAACCUCUGCCGGGGAGGGUUUGGGAGUGGCAGGGGAAGAAAAUCAAGAGGACGCUUUCGAUAUUUUCCGCCAGAGAAUGAUCCAAAUGUACCGACAGAAAAGGGCAAAUAAAUAGGCUCUCCCUGCAGCCCCAGCUCUGCUCCCUCUCCCUCCCUGGUGUCUCUCUGGUUUUUCUCGGAUUUUCUCCUCCCCUCCAUCUGCAAUUUCCUCCUUUCCCUGCAGGAGCAGCACCUCCCACCCCAAGAGAAGAAAAAUCCAAUUUUUCCCCUAUUUUAGUGCAAGUGAACCUUUGGUAGGAACGUUCAAACCUCUCAAUAGCUGCAAUAAAAGUAGAGCUGGACAAGUCCUGGCUUUGUCAUGUUUUAAUUUGCAUUUUUCCUCCUGAGUUUUGGCCAUUUGUAAGAGAUGUGCAUUUUUAUUUCCUUUUUUUUUAUGUUAAUUAUUAUUUUCUGCUGAAAUUUGGAAUUCCUGUGGGUGCAGAGCAGGAUUUUGGAGGCUAAAAUCUCUUUUUCCUCACCAAAAAAAUGGAAUUAAUGCCCGUGCUUAGCCUGGUUCUGAUCCAUUCUCCAACCAAAAAUCUUCUCCAGUUCUGAUUUUUCCCAAAAUUCACAUUUUAAGGCUCCAUUUUGGGGGUAAAUCAUCCAAUUUCCUGCAUUUUUUCCUUUUCUCCACCCAAUUUCCUGAGGGAAGGGAAAUUUUCUGUGCUGCUCAACGGUGAGAAGCCAAAAAUCCACCCCUGAUUUUCCUUUUCAUGCACCAGAAACCUGCAGCACUUUUCUUUUUUAUUUAUUUUUCUUAAUUUAUUUCCUUUUUUUCUUUAUUUUUCCCCU